CUAGAAAUGUCCAUUUCCUGCGGGCAAAGACAAAGACGGCCAUAUUCUAAGAGAGUUUUUAAGUGUUUGACUUCAACACAACGGCGACAGGGUUUCUGCUUCUGCACGCAAGGAUCAGGCUGGUCGUUUUGUGUAGGAGUAUAGGACGGAAUAGAAGCCAAGCCACCGCAAUUCAUCAAUUUGACCCAUUUGGUCCCACUCACCACAUCUGAAAGGAAAGACUCUCAACUUCAGCUUCCCCUCCACCUACUCUGUUAUAACCAACUGCUGCAGUUUCGAUGGUGGCUCUUACUUUUAUUUGAUCCCUUUGUCCGAACCUUCCAUUUCCUUUACGUUGCGUAAGCGUUUUGAUUCUUUACUUUUUUUGUUUUCGGAUUGUUUCUCUCUCUCUCUUUUCUGUUUGGUUGCCAAGAAAAUCAAGAGAAAAAUGAAGGCUUCUUCCCCAUGUGGUUAUUAUGUUAUCUCUCUGCUUUUUUGUUCAUGUUUCUUGGUGAAGUUUUCCGCGUCUGAUCCAAGAGCUACAGAGGCAGCUCUGGUGUGCUCAAACAGAACAGCCACGAUGCAAGUGAGGCAAAUCUUUGUAGCAAAUUUCUUAGCUACGAUGGACGCAGUGACUCCCUUGAUUGCAAGGCAACAGUAUGGAACUGUUAUAAAUGGGACAGGUAACAACACAGUAUAUACCUUUGGUGAGUGCAUGAAAGAUCUUGAUCAAACAGAUUGCAAUCUCUGUUUCGCCCAAUGCAAGACACAGAUUUUGAGGUGCCUCCCUUUCCAAAGAGGCAUUCGUGGGGGCAAACUUUUCUAUGAUGGGUGCUAUUUAAGGUACGAUGAUUAUAAUUUCUUUAACGAGACACUGAGUUCACGGGACGAAACUGUAUGUGCAAAUGGGGAUUUUUCUGGUGGAAAUAAGACUGUUUUCAGUGCUAAUGCUAUGGAGUUGGUGAGGAACUUGAGUGUGCAAGCCGUGAGAAAUGAUGGGUUUUUUGUGGGUUCUGUGGAUGGAAGGAAUGUUUCUGUUUAUGGAUUGGCUCAGUGUUGGGAGUUGGUGAAUGGGAGUGGUUGUGAGACUUGUCUGGCAAAUGCUGUAUCUAAGAUUGCUAAUUGUACUCCAAAGGAAGAAGGAAGGGUUUUAAAUGCUGGCUGUUACUUGAGAUACUCCAUUAACAAAUUCUACAACAAUUCAAGUUCCCAAGAUGCAGAAAGUGGAGGGCGCAGCCACUUGGCGGUUAUAUUGGCUGUGACAUCUUCCGUUGUGGCUGUGGUAUUGUUCGUUACAACGGCUAUUUUCUUUAUAAAGAAGAGAAUUGCAGAAAAGAGAAGACAAAGGAAGGAACUUGGUGCUCUAUUAGCCACAGUGAAUAAUUCGAAGCUCAAUUUCUCAUAUGAAUCUCUUGAGAGGGCCACAAAUUACUUUCACCUUUCCAAUAAGCUUGGACAAGGAGGAUCUGGUUCAGUUUACAAGGGAGUAUUAGCAGAUGGAAAAGUUGUUGCAAUAAAGAGGCUUUUAUUCAAUACAAGGCAAUGGGUAGAUCAUUUCUUUAAUGAAGUCAAUUUGAUUAGCAACAUUGAUCACAAGAAUCUUGUGAAGUUGCUGGGAUGCAGCAUCACUGGACCAGAAAGCCUUCUUGUUUAUGAAUACGUGCCGAAUCAAAGCCUUCACGAUCAUCUCUUUGCUAGAAAUAAUGUUCCGCCGUUGACAUGGGAGAUGAGGUAUAACAUCAUAUUGGGCACAGCAGAGGGCUUGGCCUAUCUUCAUGAGGAAUCUGAUCUAAGAAUAAUACAUAGAGACAUAAAAUUAAGCAAUAUUCUGCUUGAUGAGGACUUUACACCAAAGAUUGCUGAUUUUGGCCUAGCAAGAUUAUUUCCACAAGAUAAGACUCAUAUCACCACUGCAAUUGCUGGCACAUUAGGUUAUAUGGCUCCAGAAUAUGUCGUUCGUGGCAAAUUGACUGAGAAGGCUGAUGUUUACAGUUUUGGAGUUCUUGUCAUCGAAAUUGUUUAUGGAAAGAGGAACAAUGCUUUCGAUCAAGAUUCAUGUUCUAUCCUGCAAAUGGUUUGGAACCUUUAUGGAACUGGUCGACUAAGUGAAGCUGUUGAUCCAACAUUAGAUGGUAAUUUUCAAGAAGAGGAAGCAUCUCAAUUGCUUCAAAUAGGCCUGCUGUGUGUGCAAGCUUCUGCAGAACUGCGUCCAGCAAUGUCAGUUGUUGUUAAAAUGCUUACUAACAGCCAUGAAAUUCCGCAGCCGACACAGCCACCACCAUUUCUCAAUCCUGGCAGUAGUUCAGAGAUCAGCUCACAUUCUAAGCCUGUCAAUUACAGUUCUCAAGCUGAAUCUUGCACUCAAUCUUCAGGGAACAGCAUGACACAAAGCUGGAUUGAGCCCAGAUGAACCUGUUGCACUGACUUGAGCUUCUCUGACUUGCUAGAAUCCUGUUUCCUGCUUGUUGGUUAUUCAGUUGAGCUGGUUCAAUUUUCUACCCGACUCGAUCAGCCAUUGUAUGAUAGCAAUCCUUUGUUAAUAUCAAAGUGAUAUAUAAAAGCAUAACAACAUCCUCUGUUGCUGAUAUAAAUUCUUGAUUCUUGUACUAUGUAUAUGUAAAUAUAUACAUAGCAGUGAUUCUUGUAAUGUGAAAGAGCUAAUGUUUCUUGUAAUCUGCUUCAUAUUCUUUAAUCUUUGUAAAGCAUUCUGAU